GCUUGGAGCUGAACAAACACAGGACACAGCCACUGAGAUGUGAAGCUGUUCGCUGAUAUCAGCCUGUCAAAGCAGGGGGGGCUCUCUGAGUGAAACAAACACCCUCCGACUGUGCACACAGACCCGACUGCACCUCCUCCCAACCAGGAUCACAGAGAGACUCCCCUCCGUCAGCAUCAGCAGCGCAGAGUGAAUGGCACUGGCAAUGGAGAUGUCCGAGUCAUUGUUUCAGCAGGAGAGGCUGCAAGCGAUCGCGGAGAAGAGGAAGCGGCAGGUGGAGAUCGAGAACACAAAGCGGGAGCUAGAGGAUGAGCGCCGGCAGCUGCAACACCUGAAGUCUAAGUCUCUGCGAGAACGAUGGCUCCUGGAGGGCACGCCUUCUUCGGCAGCAGAAGAGGACCAGGGGAUCAACAAACAGUUCCUGGAGGACAACGUCAAAACGAAACAGUUGGAAGAGACUAUCCAGAGGCUUGAAAAGGAGCUUGAAUUACUUGAAAAUGGAGACGUUGCUCUCUCUAAAGAAAACAGCAUUGACGAGAAGCUGAAGGAGAAGGAGGUGUCUCCAAGCAAAGGAAUUGACCUGGAGAAGCAUCACAGCAGCCCCUUGGCUAAUAGACCUGAAGGAAGCACGGAAAGGAUGAAGGCUGCAAUGUUUGCAGUGGAAAUUACAGUAGAGAAGGACAAUGUGACAGGGGAGACCAAGGUCUUGUCCACCUCUAGUGUAUCUCCCACAAGUCUCCAGCAGCAAGGUGUCAAGGUCUAUGAGGAUGAUCUCAAGGUGAUCCAUGAAGUGCGCAAGGGUGAUGGAGCGGUGGAAAAUGGCGUGCAUCUUCUGAGCACCUCGGAGGUCGAUGAGCUGAUGCAGAAGGCAGACAAGGUGACAGACUACAGUAAAGCUGUGGUUCCUGAUGGGAAAGGACAUUCUCUUCAACUUGACUCCAACAGUCAGUCCCCAGGAAAGUGGCAAGCUGACGGGAUAGCUGGCGAAAAUCUUAAAAUCCUUCGGAAAACGCCCGGAGACGGUGCGGAGCCCAGCAAAGACCAGCCGGUGACCAUGAUUUUCAUGGGCUACCAGGACGUGGAGGAUGAGAACGAGACCAAGAAGGUGCUGGGGUACGACGGGACAGGGAAGGCCGAGCUUGUGAUGAUUGAGGAUGGUGACGGCAAGAACGAGCGGGUGGUUGCAGGUCAAGGCCCGCCCAAUGGCACAGCCGCAGAGCCUGGAAGCCCAGCUGCCGAGGAGAAGCCCGGCGGGAAGGAGAAGGAGGCUAUGGAUGAGGCCAAGGACCUCAAGGAUAAACAGCGUUGCCAGUGCUGCAUUGUGAUGUGAUUACGUGCUGUCAUGCUCUUGUUGUACAGUUGGAAUGUUAUAUGUUCAUAGUCUUCAUGUCUAACAUAACACGUGCUUUUAAUUGGGGAUGCAAGGUUCACAGCCCAUUCAUGACUUAGCAGAAGACUGCAGUUUUAUAGUAUCUCAGUAAACCUUAUUAAAAAAUCUGAAAUUGGCCAAGGAUUACCCAAAACAUCUCUUUAGUGCCCUUCCAUGACAAUACUGUAAUUUCCUGUCACAUUCAUCUAUUGUAGAGAUGCAUUAAAAACCCAAGAAGCAGCAAAGAGUGAAAAUAGUAAUGCAAUUAGCCAUUUAAAGUUGCACUUGCCCAGGUGGUGGAGCAGGGUACUGUUUCAGGUGGGCUAUAGUGUUCCGCGUUUGGAAGCUUGGUCAUCCUUCGUGACCUGACCUUCACCAGCCUGGUCAAUCAAGGCUCUCAACUGGUUGAAAAGAUCCCUUCAACAGCAGGCCAGGGCAGAGCCAUUAUUCCUCCAGUGACUCUCGCCAAAGCUUGGGAGACUGAACAAAAAAGUUUAUUAAAAAUGUCGCCAAGCAAAGGUGACAUGUCUAAAUUAGAAAAAAAUAAAAUUAAGAUUAAAAGGGGGGGGGGGGGGGGCAAAGAAUGCAAGUGAGUGAUUUUGUUUAAUUUCAGGUUUUUCGUAUAACAUUUGGUAGUUCAACCCAGCAAUGCAGUAAUAAAGCUGGACAUUUCCCAUAUGUGUCUCAAUUACUGUAAAUAGUUUUAUUUCAAUCUAACACUUCUUGGAGUGAAGCCAGACACGCAGCCCUGGCUGGGACAUAUGAAUUAAGAAUAAAAGGUUCAAAAUUAAUGGUGUCAUUCAACUUCUGGCUUCAUAUUCUGUCAUCUGGUCGGUGAACAAACUCUGUGUUCACGUCCACAGUCUUUGCUCUGGUGCCUCUUUCGAGUUAUUUUAGCCCUUCAUUAAACCACAGUGCCAUUUGGUUCUGCCUGUCUACUUCACGGUGAUAUAUGAUGCCUUAAGUCAUCUGAAUAAGCAAAAAUAAACCAGCAUAAGCAUUGUUUUUUGAUCAUUUUGCAUUAUAAUUAGUUGAUCAGAAGAGUUACAGAGAACCUACUUCUAGGCAAAGUUGGAACAGCUGAGGACAAAUCCACUUCAUUGGGACCUGGGAAAACCUUUCGGUUGAGUUCAAAGCCAGCAACUUUUUUGAGAGUCGUGAAGCUCGAUUAUUUGGGUUGUUUUAUAACAUAAGACCACGUUAAUUCAUGUUGUUCAAACCACAGGUUCAGUGAUCAGUUAAAUCACCGCAGGACCUCCUUUAAAAACAGGAAUUUCUAAUCCUGAUUUUCUUUCAGAAUCAAAGGAGAAUAGGUUAUUCCACUGAAUCAUGGAGUGGACUGAUGAAUUUAUAAUCAAGCACUUAAAAUCUCGAUUUCUUCAACAAAAUCAAAGUACGUCUUGCUUACCGACAUGCUAUCAAUGCUGAUUUACAUUUAGUUGCAUUUGCCAAGCCAAAAUGAUAACUGAAGUAUCUUAGUAACUCUGCAAAGCUGUCUAAUCCAUUUGGAUUUUCUGAAUCAUUGCAUCCCUGAUUUGAAUACACUUUUCUAUGUCACACUUAAAUCAGAUCAACAUAUCUUAUACACUGCCAGUCACCAUGCACCACCCUCUCUCUCUCUCUCUAUAUAUAUAUAUAUAUAUAUGUCUGAUAUGUAACAAUGGGACCAUUUUAUUUUUUCUGUGCAUGUUCUCUAGUUGCGGGACAUUGUGAAAGUAGCUGAAUGACUGUUCUUUUGUUACUUUACUACAAACUGUCUGGAAGUUUUUUCAUCACCAACUAACCUCCAAUGUCAUGAAAUCAGAGGCUGUCUGUAACAGUGUAAUUCCGGUGAAGGCUGUCCUGUGGUAGCAGGUGAAGGUACCUACUAGAGGUCCUCUGAAUCAAUCAUUCAUUCAAAUGAAAGUCAGAUGCAGCUAUUUCUAAACCCAGUGAUUUCUAUUCAGCUCUGAACUGACGUCCAGUUUGAUUCUAGUCUACACAAGACUGCAUUACAUAAGAACACGUAUCACUCUGCUCCAGUGUCAAGUCCAUGAAGUGUCUGUGGGAUGGAGGGAGAAUCCAGGCCGAACAGGAACUCGUCCGAUUUCUCUAAUCUCAGCAGUCACGUUUAUUUGAUUGCUUUGUAAUUCCAGGCAUACCAAAGAUCCCGCCAAAUGAUAUCACCAUGAGAGUUGCUUUACUGGUUGGAUUAAUGGCAACGUUAUUGCAAGUGACCAAUCAAGACAAUCAAAUUUCCCUUAAAAUAAUUUCAUAAUUUUAUGGCUGCAUGAACUAUAAUUGAAAAGUCUUACCCUUGGAGGACAAUAUAUAAUAUAUAUAUAUUAUAUAUAAAUAUCUAUAUACAUACAUAUAUCUAUUUUUAAACACAAUGCCUUGGGAAUGGCAUUCACCAUGUAUUAGACUUUACUGAGUGAAAGACCCAGCACCAAGGACAUGAUAGGCUCCAUCAGGCAUGAUGCCACUGAGCAUGUUCAUUAGACAAAUAAAGUAGUCCCAUUUUAUUCAAACACAUUCCAGGGGUCUGUGGCACUAGCGUUCUCACAUAAAUUCCUAGGCAUGGCCCAUGUGUAAGCAUAACACAGAGUUCCUUGAAAUGGUAUGCACCACAUCUGCAGUGUGCUAGUGGAUUUCUGAGACUUGAGGCUACAGCUCUCUGUACCAGAGAGGCAAGGAUCAUUCUGAGUGCAGAUUCCCAUCAUGUGUCGGAAGUUAGGCUUUGUAACUAGUCCGUGUUCUUAGUUGUUGAGUGCUGGUAUGAGCUAUGUUGUAAAGAUGGAAACCCUUAUCAAUUUCUCCUCUAUUGCACUCCAUUCCAAAUCCUAUGGCAUAUCAAUGGAUUCUCUAGGAGCUUUUAAACAUUCUGUCCAAAAGACUAUCUAACAGCAUUAACCAGAUAAAAGAUUCCUAUUAUUAAACCUUAACGAAGGUGCACAAAGUGUGCUUUCAUUAUAAAUUGCAAAUGUUUGUCUAACUUUAUGUUUUAAAAUGAAAGCUUUGGAUUUUUUUUUAAAUAUCAGUUCCCAUUGAAAAUUUUACUAAAAGAACAUGUACUGCAUAUAUUUUUGUUAUGACAUCUUAUACUUACUCUUGAGUUGUGGUGUGCUCAGUAAUUACACACCCAUACACCUCAAUAUGGCUGUCUGAGGUGGUCAAAUGCUUAUUUGGUAAAGCAUAGUCUGUGGACUCAUACAGGAUGAGUUAUAUAUGCUGUAUCAUGUUUGCUCUGUAUUACAGAAUCUCAACAAAUCCUUUAGGAUGAAUUCAAUGCCUACAGAAUGUUUUUUUUUGUGAGGGAAGAUUGUAUGAGGAAUGCAAUGCAGUUCACUCCUCUUAGGAGCACAUGCCAACAGAAUGACUGGUGACACUUGGUGAAAGACUAGCCAUGCUGACUGGACUACCUCCUGAGACCUCUCUUUCUCCAAUAGAGCUGAUCUAUCAACCAUUAAUUAACUAACGGGACAUUAUUUAAUAAUGUUGACUACCUGCACCACUGACAUGAAGCAACAUUGUUCAGUUCACUCCAUCAUUGAUUGACAUCAAAAGCAAGAGGUCUGGUACCUGCCUGAUAGGAGGAAAGUCUUUAAAAUAUGGCAUUUCAUUUGACUGGGAAGAUAGAAAUUAAAAGUUAAAGAUAAAAGUCAGGGAGCUCACAUGCCUCUAGGUGGAGUCAACUGCAUUUCAUUGUUUGAACCAAUGUGAAAUUCAAUAUGCAAAAAUGUAUAGCAAUCAAAAAUAAAAUCUAGAUGUGGUUAAA